UCUGGCCGCUGUCUGUACCGUAGUGCUCUUGGUACAUCCCGGAGUGCCCCACGAACGAGCGACGAACGAUCUGACAAAUUACUGCAACAAUCAACACUCUGCUUGCUGUCCAGAACUCUGUACUCCAGCCAAACUCAUUCCCGACGGGUAGAGAAUAGUGUGCAACAAUCACCUCGCAAGUCCCCAGUUACCGACCCGGUAUCCCGUGUGACGUUGUGUCUGUGUGCGUGCGCGGUAGUAUCCGUAUCCAGUCUGCCAAAAACAGCUGCUGAUGUGCGGCCAGCAAUUGAAUUAGCGCAGUACCCCGGUAGUGUCCGGUUCCUAAGCACCACACGGUUUCUGACUGUUUCGCCUGAAGUCCGGUUAAGUGAGAGUGUAGGUACGAGUACAGGAAUCGUAGAAAUCGGGUGUAGAACAAAGCUACUGUACUGUAGUAGGAUCCCUCCGGGGCCAUUUGCGCUGGCAUCGAGAUAGUAACCGGCCUAGAAACAGUUGAUAUCGAACAGCCAAGUCCACUAUCGUCGCCAUAUCCCUGUGGUUCGGGUGGGGGACGUCCAGACGCUUCUGGUGGGGUGCCUUCCGUUGUAGUGGUCGAACCCGGAACCGUGUCUAGCGCGUGUGCCCCUAGGCUAGACGGCCUACCAAAUGACGAGGGAUGAUAACGUGUUGUUGAAUGAUGUUUACUUCAAUGCGUACAACAUUAAUUCACCGCUCACACCGUUGACGCCGAUGAGUAAACUCUUUGCACCGUUCGAGGGCAUCGGGGUGCACAGCGGAGUGCCGACACGCACCACGUCCACGCUUACCCCGACCACACUGAAGAAUAUCGAGCAGAGCAUUAUGGGGAUGACGAACGACAACCAGAUGCACCUACCGUACCAGGCCGGCUUCGUACCGCCGCCGUACCCACUCGAGGAACACAGCCAGGACCGGGAGGCGAGUCAGGAGUCGUGCAGUUCGAACUCCAACACCUCCUGGCCGGUGUCCGGCUCGCACGGGUACGGUGCCGACGAUCUGGACUCGAAGUCGUCCGCCUCACUGGAGCCACCGCCGCUGACUUCGUCGUCCUCGUCCCACGGUGGAGGCCACCACCACGGCUCGUCCUCGUUUGCCGCCGCAACCGGGACCGGCGAGGCCGCAUCGUCCCGGACGCUCAAAGGUGGUGUCGCAGCAGCGGCCACCACAUCCGGGGCGCGUGGCACGAGUGGGCGGCGUAACGUGGGCGGCCGGCGCCCACACAAACCAUCGAACCUGUCGCCGGAGGAGGAGGAGAAGCGACGCAUACGGCGGGAGCGAAACAAGCAGGCCGCGGCACGCUGCCGGCGGCGGCGCGAGGACCACACGAACGAGUUGGUCGACGAGACGGACCAGCUGGAGCAGCGGCGCCAGACGCUGCAGAAGGAAAUCCAGGACCUGCAGCAGGAGAAGGACGAGCUAGAGUUUCUGCUCGAGACACACCGCGAACACUGCCGGCUGCAGGGGCGCAGAAGCCCGCUCGACAUGAAACCGAUGGGGUUGAUCGAAGGGAGCGCCAAUGCUGCGGCGCUCUUACUGCCGACCAUCAAAACCGAACCGGAAGAAGAACUCUCACAGCAGCCAACGCCACCGCAGCAGCAGCAGAAGCUAGAGCCUAACGAAGCAGUGAACGCAGAUACUCUCUUUCAGGGGGUACCGCCGAUGAAGACGUUGAGACUGACGAACACCAUAGCGGACAGUUUGAAUACCCCGCCCACCGUGUCGCUUUCCCUGUCACGACCCGGAAGUCUCAACGUCAAACCAGAAGAGUUCCAGCUGGGGAUGGCGAGCGGUGGUGCGCCCUCGAACGGGCUGUUCAACUUCGAAAGCCUGAUGCAAGGUGGUACCGGCCUCACACCGAUCGCGGCCCCGAUCAGCUUCUCAGCGAACCGCAACCCUCUCGAGCAGCUCAUCACCCCGACCUCCACCGAGCCGUCGAAGCUGUUCAGUCUAUGAACCCUGUGAGUGCCACGAUCCUCAGCAAAUAUCGUCUAUUGACAAUUGACAGAGCAACACACACACACAUACACACACUUACAUACGCACGCACAACAAUGUUAUGACCGUGGUACCCAAGGCGCUCAAUCAACAACCCCCUCAGGCCCCGGGCCGUCUCAGAGAUGCUAGCGAGAUUGUAGGGAAAUUCGAAUGUUACACAGUUUGGCAAUCCGGACCAGAGAGAGAGAGAGAGAGAGAGCGAGAGAGCAGGGCAACAAAGAAUAUUUUCAAUUUCUUUCCCAAAUUUAUCAACCAUCCAAAAUCGGCAACCUUUUGAAGGGAGGCUCCGCGCAGAGCGUUGGCGAUGAACGUAAACGAAAGCAUCCAUCACUAAUAUUUAUUUGAAUUAGCUGUUCCCGACGCCCAUCGCCACGCUUCAUUUGAUCGCCAUCCUCUCGAUUGGGUGCGUUUCAGAGGACUUCCUGGUUACGUAUCUCUUCGCGCCUUCCGUUACUCCUCCGUUUCGGACGAUCGGGCUUCCCGGUGAAGUAUCCGAUCGGCUUCCUUUCCCGCUUCCCGUGGGUGAGCAACAACCGGUGAGUGGUCUUGACCUUGGCACCAGAGAUAAUGCUGAUACCUUCUGUAAAGGUGUAGUGUUAGAGGCGGAAUCGUUAGACUUGCGCCAAAUCCCCCUUUAUUACGCACAAUUUGCGGCCAAAAAAGUAAAGGACACGAAUUCGGACACAACCGGCUCAGUUCGGAAGAAACCGUAGGAACGUUCAGAUAGCUUUAUCGCGGCUGUCACAAGUGUUGUCUACAUUUUUUUCGCAUUCCGCAUCGGUGUGCUUGGUCUUGCACCGGUGGUAAUGAGUCCAUCGGCUAACGUAUCCUAUCGGUUUCCUUUCCCGUUGGAUGCAUGUCAAAACUCUUCUGUUACAACGUAAAUGUACGUUCUUCGUUGCUCGCUCGCUACCCAUAUUGAACGCUGAACAGGGAUCAGGAUUAAAUAGGGAACAAUUCAUUCCGCGUUAAUCGAUUUUCUGGUCGAUGCUCUUAUUAGUAGUUAUGUGAGAGGAUAUGCAUAGCAAGGAUUGCUACAGAGGUUGUUAAGGGUGAUACAACGGCAAGGGCUGCUCAAUACAGCCGACGAUCCUUUCGAACUCCGCAGCUCUUUCUUUGACUCUUGGCGUGCAUCCAUAGGUGCAAACUACCGGCGCGUUCUUUUAAUUCAUAUAUAUUAAUACUUUAAACAUAAUCAAUACGAUCAUUUUAACAACAUAAUACUUCGUUGGGAAUCCUUUUUUUUAAUUUUAUAUCCAUAGACUAUAAUAUAAGAAUCCAGUUAUCUUUAUUCACUUUUUCUUACAAUAGCUUCAAGGAUGUGUUACACUAGCCAAUUAAUGAAAGAUCGUAUCUUUUCUGUUUCAGCCAAGAAUUUGGCAAUGUAAUUCGAUUGCUCUGAGUUUACACUCGUAUUUCAUUUAUCUAUAUUGUUUUAAAUGACACUAUUAAAAUGACUAGUGUUGGUAUUACCAAAGUUUUGCGACUAGUGUUAACAUCGCGUUGUCGCGAAUACGAGCAAACUCUACGAACUUUUCCAUCGAUUCAAGUAAAACCAGUUAGAUACGGUAUAACUCUCUCCUUGAGAAGAAACAAAAACUAAAGAUAGUUACCCGCCCGCACCACCACAUCUUUGCUUUAGCAAACCCAGACGAUUCCGCGCCGUGCCCGUUGUUUGUUCAUUGAAAGGCCAUAGUAAGAACAUCCCGCGCUGUUAUUUGGCGGAGCUUCAUUUUUAUAUACAUAGUUAAUUCUUACAUUCAUCACCAUGCAAUCGUGGUGACGUAUGUAGUUAUUUAUGUUUUUAAUGGGUUUUUGAUAAGUACGGCCCGGCAUAGUUCUGCAGUUUUGAAGCAAAGAUGCUGGCGGACAGCUGUCUAUAGAUGCAAAAUAAUAGAGACGCGUAUUAACUCACUUUUGCCAACAGAUUAGUACCGAGUAAAAGUUGUGUAGUUUAUGUUUAAUGCUCCACACACUGAAACAAUCAAAUUCGAUCGGUCCCUCGUGAAAGCAAACAAUGCGGUGGGAGAAGAAAGGCAAACCAAAUGCCAUUGCUGCAACAAGUGCUUGCCUGUGGGGUAGUCUGCCGAAGACUUGGCCAACCUUGCCGGCUUUUCUUUGUGAGGAAAAAACUUUGUAAGGUUAUCGAAAAAAACGAAAACAAGAAACGAAAACAUAAAACUGUAAGGAGGUACAGAAAAAAACGAAAAGCUCCCGUGAUACGAACGUGUUUAUUCUUAUCUUUUCACAUUCUUUUUCUAUAUAUACAUAAAUUUGCAAAUAAAAACAUGUUUCAUACCCAGAGUGAUUUUGGAUGUUGGGACCGAGCAUAACAGGAAAGCGAUUCUGGGAAUGGAAACAAUAUUUACAAAAUUUAUAUUUUUAUACGGCAUAUUCUUGUUCCUGUACUGUAAGGUUUGCGAUACAUACGUAUAAGUCGAGAAAAGCAUCAAAGUACGUGUGAGAGACACAACGAAUAUGUAAGUGAGAGCACAUUAAUUACUUUACACGAAUUACCAAGCUUUGCCGAAAAAGUAUCAGCCCCAAAUGAUAUGAUAAUAAUAAUGAUGAUGAUAAUAAUAUUAUAAUUAUAUACGGCACAGCCCUUAACUUAAAAGAAAUAAAAUAAAAAAUCAC